GGGAAGCCCUGACCCACAGUAGAAUAGAGAAGCCCUGACCCACAGUAGAAUAGGGAAGCCCUGACCCACAGUAGAAUAGAGAAGCCCUGGCCACAGAGGAUGUUAAACUGUAUGUCCAAUACAAAAUAGUCUUCCAUGGUAACUCUACUAACAAGACAAACCGUUGUCCACCAUGAUGAAAUGGUUCCAAGAUGGUUCCAAAAGCACCAGUUUUAGAGGGAUACAACAUAUUAUAUAAACUGCAGUGAUCAGGUUAUCUGCACCAAACUCCCUCCUUACAGAUGGUCUGGUUCAUCAGGUUAUCUGCACCAAACUCCCUCCCUACAGGUGGUCUGGUUCAUCAGGUUAUCUGCACCAAACUCCCUCCCUACAGAUGGUCUGGUUCAUCAGGUUAUCUGCACCAAACUCCCUCCCUACAGGUGGUCUGGUUCAUCAGGUUAUCUGCACCAAACUCCCUCCCUACAGGUGGUCUGGUUCAUCAGGUUAUCUGCACCAAACUCCCUCCCUACAGGUGGUCUGGUUCAUCAGGUUAUCUGCACCAAACUCCCUCCCUACAGAUGGUCUGGUUCAUCAGGUUAUCUGCACCAAACUCCCUCCCUACAGAUGGUCUGGUUCAUCAGGUUAUCUGCACCAAACUCCCUCCCUACAGGUGGUCUGGUUCAUCAGGUUAUCUGCACCAAACUCCCUCCCUACAGAUGGUCUGGUUCAUCAGGUUAUCUGCACCAAACUCCCUCCCUACAGAUGGUCUGGUUCAUCAGGUUAUCUGCACCAAACUCCCUCCCUACAGAUGGUCUGGUUCAUCAGGUUAUCUGCACCAAACUCCCUCCCUACAGAUGGUCUGGUUCAUCAGGUUAUCUGCACCAAACUCCCUCCCUACAGAUGGUCUGGUUCAUCAGGUUAUCUGCACCAAACUCCCUCCCUACAGGUGGUCUGGUUCAUCAGGUUAUCUGCACCAAACUCCCUCCUUACAGGUGGUCUGGUUCAUCAGGUUAUCUGCACCAAACUCCCUCCCUACAGGUGGUCUGGUUCAUCAGGUUAUCUGCACCAAACUCCCUCCUUACAGAUGGUCUGGUUCAUCAGGUUAUCUGCACCAAACUCCCUCCCUACAGAUGGUCUGGUUCAUCAGGUUAUCUGCACCAAACUCCCUCCCUACAGGUGGUCUGGUUCAUCAGGUUAUCUGCACCAAACUCCCUCCCUACAGAUGGUCUGGUUCAUCAGGUUAUCUGCACCAAACUCCCUCCUUACAGAUGGUCUGGUUCAUCAGGUUAUCUGCACCAAACUCCCUCCAGACAGAUGGUCUGUCAGGCUCUGCAGGCUACAACAGACAGAAGACAUGUACAUUUCUCACCCUGAACAUGGCCAGUAUAUUGGCCUUGUUGAUUUGAUGAUGUUUAAAUUGAUAUGGUGCUGGAAUAGCGGAGGCGCCUGUUGUCUUUGUGGUAACAAAUCAGUGGUUGUUUAAUAAACUGUUGAAAACGACAACUUGAUUGAAUGUGGACUGAUAUUCCUCUCCGGUUUUGUGAUGAAACAAAUGU